GUGAUCACCAUGCCCGAGUAUCUGAAGAAGCGUUUUGGAGGUCAACGUAUCCGGGUCUAUCUCUCCGUUCUUUCAGUGUUCCUCUACAUCUUCACCAAGAUCUCUGCGGACAUGUUCUCUGGAGCCAUCUUCAUUCGCCAGGCUUUGAAAAUAGACAUCUACUUGGCUGUAGUCAUGCUGCUCUUAAUCACAGCGCUCUACACCGUCACAGGUGGUCUCGCUGCAGUUAUUUAUACAGACACACUGCAGACCGUCAUCAUGGUUGUAGGAUCCUUCAUCCUCAUGGGCUUCGCGUUUGAUAAGGUUGGAGGAUAUGAGGGUCUGCAGGAGAAGUACAUGCAGGCCAUCCCAUCUGUCGUGGGGAACUACAGCGCGGCGUGUUACACGCCGCGUCCCGACUCCUUCCACAUCUUCAGAGAUCCAGUGAACGGGGAUUUACCAUGGCCCGGCCUCAUUUUCGGCCUCACCAUCCAGGCAGCGUGGUACUGGUGCACGGACCAGGUGAUUGUCCAACGCUGUCUCUCUGCUAAGAACAUGUCCCAUGUGAAAGCUGGCUGCAUCCUGUGUGGUUACCUCAAACUCCUGCCCAUGUUCCUCAUGGUGAUGCCCGGGAUGAUCAGCAGAGUGCUCUACCCAGAUGAGGUGGCGUGUGUGGUUCCUGAGUUAUGUAAAAGCUACUGCGAUGCUGAGGUGGGCUGCAGUAACAUCGCCUACCCCAAAAUGGUGGUGGAUCUCAUGCCUAAUGGUCUCAGGGGUCUGAUGCUCUCUGCCAUGCUGGCGUCUCUGAUGAGUUCACUCACCUCCAUCUUUAACAGUGCCAGCACGCUCUUCACCAUGGACAUCUACACCAAAAUCCGCAACAAAGCCUCUGAGAAGGAGCUCAUGAUUGCUGGCAGGUUGUUCAUCCUGGUCUUGAUCGGCGUCAGCAUCGCAUGGAUUCCCAUCGUCCAGACAUCUCAGAGUGGAAAGCUCUUUGACUACAUCCAGUCUAUAACAAGUUACUUAGCUCCGCCCAUUGCUGCCGUCUUCGUACUGGCCAUUUUCUGCAAAAGAGUUAACGAACCGGGUGCGUUUUACGGCCUGCUCAUCGGUUUGGCCAUCGGUUUGUCGCGGAUGAUCGCAGAGUUUGCGUAUGGAACAGGAACCUGCAUGAAACCCAGCAACUGUCCCAAAAUCAUCUGCGGCGUACAUUACCUUUACUUCAGCCUGAUCCUGUUCGCAGCGUCCAUUGUGUUGGUGCUGUGUAUCUCACUCAUGACCAAACCCAUCGACGACAAGCAUCUGUACAGGUUGUGUUGGAGUUUGCGGAACAGUAAAGAGGAAAGAAUUGAACUGGAUUCUGAUGACUGGACUGAGAACCACGGUUCACGUCGCGCAGUCAAACAGACAGAGGAAAUCUCAAAAGAGCAGUGCAUGCAAGACAAAUCUGCACCAGAGCCCAGCUUCUGUAGAAAGGCCUACAACUGGUUCUGUGGCUUCGAGCAGAAAAAAGCACAGAAGCUUACCAAAGAAGAAGAGGCCGAGCUGAAGAAGCAGCUCAUGGACACGUCGGAGAAGCCGCUGUGGAGGAACGUGGUGAACGCCAACGCCAUCAUCCUCUUGGCUGUGUGCGUCUUCUUUCACGGCUUCUUCGGCUAA